GUAUUAUUUAUUUGAAUUUUUAUAUGUAUUUUGAAUUUGGAUUUCUCCUAAAAAACGUUUCUAUUUGUUACGAAACACGUGCAUCAUGUCGCUUGACAUAAAUUCCUGUCUUAAAGCCUUCUCUGUUGCCUUUUCUCAGUACAAUGGAUCCCCAAACGAACAAACGUUGAAAUACGUGGAACGACAGAUGGAUGUACUUAUUGGCAUUACUUCCAAAGAGAAAUCUCUGGAUGGUUUUACGGCAGGAGAACUGUUGCCAACUGAAUGCCUCACAUCCCUCGUGAGCAUGCUAAAUGAAGUAAAACACAAACCAAGGUUGAUAAGCAAGUGCUUGAUGCUGUUAUAUAACCUAGCCAAUGACAACGAGACAAGGAUAAUGCUCAGGGAUUCGUAUCAUCUGACCUCAACAUUAACUGGACUAUUAAUUGGAAACAACUCUGUCCAAUCCUCGCAUGAAAAUAUUUUCCUUCAGUGUUUCCAGUUACUGCAACGCAUUACCUACGGUUGUCGAUAUUCAGUUGCAAUGGCUCAUGUUGAAGAUCUUGUUAAAUUUCUUAUCAACGAAAUACAAGGAGGUAAAAGCGAGAUGACGAUGCCCGCACUUGGUAUUUUGACGAAUCUUUGUAGAAACAAUAUAGCCGUACAAGCUCAAGUGAAGGCUUUGGAGAAUAUAAAGUACAUCUAUCGUUGUCUGGUGAAGUUUUUAUCACACCAUGACUUGACUGUGAUUGUUUACGCCUUGUCUCUCAUCACGAGUCUUGCUCUGAAAGAACAACUUGGGGAAAAGCUCUUCAAUAACAGAAAUAUCGAACAGACUUUCCAGUUGUUGUUCAACAUUCUUGUCAAUGGCGAUGGAGCAUUGGUACGAAAAUAUGCCGUCGAUCUGUUCGUGGACCUUCUACCUAUGGACAAAAUCAAAAGGUUCUUGAUAAGCUAUGAUCACCUUACGUUUUAUCUGGAUCAGUCUUUGAACCUGUUGUUUGAUUGCGAACCGGACGAAGCAGAAAAGAUAUUUGAGUUUCUUCUGGCAAUUUGUUGCGUUUCCGAUGUUCGUGCCAUGCUAUAUGAAGUAUUCGAAAACAGCGAAUCGUCAUGCGAGGAAGGCAAAGCUUACUUCGAUUGCGUAUUGCGUUGGAUAAAUUGGAAGACAGACAGGACGAUCGUUGCCGUAAAAGCUUUAGAAUUCUUGAAAGAAAUGUACGAGGAAGGGACUUUGAAUAGUGGAUCGGACGUUUUAAUGUCUCGGAUGGAAACAUUACUGCCAAACCUUGUUAAAAAUCUCGAAACUCCCGCUGACGUUGAAGCUCGUGGAACGAGACGUACAUUUGAAAAGGUUUCUCGUGUGCUGGACGUUUUUUCAAUCUUGUGUUCGGAAGAAAGUGUGGUGAAGUAUGUCUGUGAUUCAAUCGAGUGCAGCAUUUUCCGGCUUCUCGUGGAACAGCAGUAUAGACUGAACGAUAUCGCAAUGAAGGAAAAACUCACAUUUACCGCUGACUGGAGCGAGGUCGGUGUGUCUGUAGCAUUGAAAACCUUGGACCUCAUGAGCCAGUUGAUACCAUUUGACAAGAAUAUCAAAGAAACGCAAAGCGAACUAAUAAAGGAUGAUAGACUUUUGUCUUUUCUUGCACACACAAUCUCCGAGGGUCAGAAAGAUGAUGUUCAGGUUGCUCUACGGGUACUACAACAGUCUUGCAAGACGAAUGAUUUCCACAUUGCUUGGCUAGGGGAUCUUAUCUACUGCAAUAAUAGGAUGAAACAAGAUGAACUAAAGGUUUUACGCAAGCGCAAUGAUGAGCUUAACCUAUCUCCGUUAUCGCAACCGCGUUUCGACCCUUCCUUGACCUUGCUCUCCGCUGGAGAUCGUAAAGUUUCGGCAAGUCGUCGAAACCGGAAUAGUCCGAAAACAAGUACAUUUAUAAACAGUGUUCACGAUGAAAGUACCAUUGAGAGUUUAAUUGAUAAGAUGAAAUCGGGAUUAGAGAUUAAAGAUACGAAGGCGUCCGAGAUCAUGGAUGUUUAUGAAGCUAAACUUGCUUCAUUGCUGACAAAAGAAAGUCAUCUUCAAGAUUUACUCGAAGCAAAGAGUUUGGCUCUUGCCCAAUCCGAUCGCAUGAUUUCACAAUAUCGAUGCAGAAGAGCCCAAUCAGAGGCCGAGUGUACCAAAUUACGACAAAUGUUGCAGGAAACUGAGAAACGAUGCGAAUCCCAAAGUGAUCUGAUCAAUGGUUAUGCUGAAUCAAAGAGAGAAUCCACUGAGCAGAUGGAGAAAUUUAAAAGUCAGAUCAAGAAUCUGCAACAAACGGCCAAUGCACAUGAUCAAUUAAAGAUAACUUUUGCCGAAGAGUCAAACAGAUUGAAAACGGUAAAGGAGGCAUUGGUAGCCGCACAUAAAGAACACGAAUCGCUCUCCGAACUGAAUGAAAUGCUGCGACGCCAUAACAAUAACCUAAAGGAACAACACGACUGCUCUACCCGUCAGCUUCGCCAGUUGGAAGAGGAAAGAAAGAACAUAAUGCUACAGGUUCAGCAAAAAGACAUCAAAAUCAAUGAGCUCACGGAAAACGUUAAUACGCUAGCUGAGCGUGUGAAAAAUACGUCGGAAGAUUUGGUAAAAACGGAAAAUUCCUACGAGAAAUGUAAAACAGAGCUGGUGAAAAAGGAGCACACGAUUAAGGAACUUGUCCAUAAGGUUGCAUCUCUGGAGUUGGUGUGUUCACAAAACGAGAAAUCAAUAAAGGAAAAAGAAGAACAGUUGAGGGAACAACAAAAACGUAUCGAUAAAUACGCUCAAUUGUCAGCCAUGAUCCACAACAUGACUGGAAAUGACAUUCCUGCAGCGAAAUUUGACGAGAAACCUGGACGAAGCAUGAACUAAACUAUCUUCGCCAACGAAAGAAAAGAACUUCGAGUUAUACGAUUGGACAUUAUACGAAAUCAAACAUCGCGGUUAAUAACUGCAUUAUGGGAGGUGUACCUUAUUAUUCAUUUCUUUUUUAAAAAUUUACCCUCGACUAGAGCUAACUGUCACAGAAAUUAUUAUUGUCGAGAAAGACCGAACGCAGAAAUCUUGUUUGAAAACAUCGAAAGCCUCGAUUGUCAAUAAAAGUGCUUAAGGCUUUUAAAUCUUGAAAAUGUCAGAGUAACGGUAUUUUCAGGAAGGGCAUAUACCAGUAUUUUAAUGACACUCAAAAAUUCGAUACGUCGUAAAAAGUAAACAUUUUUAUUCUGAACGUUUCCGCAAGUACUACACGUACUUGUCGAAACGUUACAAUACGAAAUGUUUACAAAGGCAAUUUAUUAAUUUUCAACGUAAUAAAAUCACACUUUCCAGAUAUAUUAAUUCAAUAUUUUUCCAAUUAAUGACGAAAUGUUUCGUAAUAAAUAAAGCGAAUAAUUCUA